ACCGCCAGGGACUAGAAGCAAGUGGGAGGGACGCGGACAGUCCAGCACGAGAGGGUCCCCAUAAGACGCGCGGGCCCGAAGCCCCUCGGAGCGCAGCCCCAGCCUCUUCUCGAAAGUCAGUCCAUUUUCCCUAGGGCACGAGCGCCCGGGACGCCGGGGUCUGCCGAGCUGGGGGGGCGCUCGAGCUGCGAGGAUCCGGGCUGCCCACGGGACGAGGAGCGGGCGCCCAGGAUGGGGUGCGUGAAGUCCAAGUUCCUCCGGGAUGGAGGCAAGGUCUCAAAAACUGAGCCCAACACCAGCCCACACAGCACUUUGUAUGUGCCGGAUCCCACGUCCUCGGGCAAGCGGUGGCCUGACAGUAGCAACGGCAACCCACCAGCGUCCACAGAGGGUUCUGAGGAGAUCACUGUGGUUGCCUUGUAUGAUUACGAGGCCAUUCACCAUGAAGACCUCAGUUUCCAGAAGGGGGACCAGAUGGUGGUCCUGGAAGAAUCUGGGGAGUGGUGGAGAGCACGAUCCCUGGCUACCCGGAAAGAGGGCUACAUCCCAAGCAACUACGUUGCCCGAGUCAACUCUCUGGAGACAGAGGAGUGGUUCUUCAAGGGCAUCCGCAGGAAGGAUGCAGAGCGCCAACUCCUGGCCCCUGGCAAUGUGCUGGGCUCCUUCAUGAUGCGGGACAGCGAGACCACCAAAGGGAGCUACUCUUUGUCCGUGCGAGACUACGACCCCCAGCAUGGGGACACAGUGAAACAUUAUAAGAUCCGGACCCUGGACAAUGGGGGCUUCUACAUCUCCCCCCGGAGCACCUUCAGCAGCCUGCAGGAGCUGGUGGCCCACUACAAGAAGGGGAGCGACGGACUCUGCCAGAAGCUGACAGUGCCCUGCAUAUCCUCCAAACCCCAGAAGCCUUGGGAGAAAGAUGCCUGGGAGAUCCCCCGGGAGUCCCUCAGGCUGGAGAAGAAACUUGGAGCUGGGCAGUUUGGGGAAGUCUGGAUGGCCACCUACAACAAGCACACCAAGGUGGCCGUGAAGACGAUGAAGCCCGGGAGCAUGUCUGUGGAGGCGUUCCUGGCAGAAGCCAACCUGAUGAAAACUCUGCAGCACGACAAGCUGGUGAAGCUGCAUGCCGUGGUCACGGAGGAGCCCAUCUACAUCAUCACAGAGUUCAUGGCCAAAGGCAGCCUGCUGGACUUCCUGAAAAGUGAAGAAGGCAGCAAGCAGCCGUUGCCAAGACUCAUCGACUUCUCAGCCCAGAUUGCAGAAGGCAUGGCCUUCAUCGAGCAGAGGAACUACAUCCAUCGAGACCUCCGAGCCGCCAACAUCUUGGUGUCUGCGUCCCUGGCGUGCAAGAUUGCUGACUUCGGCCUGGCGCGGAUCAUAGAGGACAACGAGUACACAGCUCGGGAAGGGGCCAAGUUCCCCAUCAAGUGGACAGCUCCUGAAGCCAUCAACUUUGGCUCCUUCACCAUCAAGUCAGACGUCUGGUCCUUUGGUAUCCUGCUGAUGGAGAUCGUCACCUACGGCCGGAUCCCUUACCCAGGGAUGUCAAACCCCGAGGUGAUCCGGGCACUGGAGCGGGGGUACCGGAUGCCUCGACCAGAGCACUGCCCCGAGGAGCUCUACAACAUCAUGACUCGUUGCUGGAAGAACCACCCCGAGGAACGGCCCACCUUCGAAUACAUCCAGAGUGUGCUGGAUGACUUCUACACGGCCACCGAGAGCCAGUACCAACAGCAGCCAUGACGGGGGGCGGCCAGGCAGGGCCAGGCACUGAGGCCAUGCCUGCACAGGGGCUCCAGCGCCAUCUGCCCAGCACCCGCUCACCUUUCCCACUCCCAGACACCCACCCUCUCUCCAGCCACAAUUCCUCAUCUGUCAAGUGGGUGGGUUGGACCGGACAAUCUCUUUUUGACUCUAACAACCCACAAUCUGCCAAUCUCAGGACGCCCCCGGUUGAUAUUUCUAUUGCCUGGGACAGCUGGAUUCCAGUUACAGCUGUGGUUUGGAUGGAGAACUUUAAAAAUAAUGAAAUAAGUAUUU